AUGGUAUUAUUCUCCCAUAAUGCUUCCAAAAUUGUUUGGCAUCCAGUAAUUUUUGGAUUCUUUUUACAAUUUGCACUGGGUCUUUGUAUUUUACGGUGGGAAUGGGGAUCUACUAUGUUUAAUAAAUUUGCGGAUUCUGUUCUCGUUUUCCUCGAAUUUACACAUAAUGGGACAGAUUUUGUUUAUGGAUUUGUCUCUUCCCCUCCAAAUAUUUGUGGAAUGGAGCCCAUUUUUGCUUUUAGGGGUAUUCAAGUUGUUGUUUAUUUUGGGUCUGUUGUGGUAAAAUUAUAGAAAAAUUUUUCUUUUUUUAUUCUCCCUUAAUAGGCAUUACUGUACCAUUUUGGCAUUUUACAAUUUGUUAU